CCAGAUAAAUUUAAAUGUAUCUGUUCUGUAUCUGUUCAAGUGGAGAUAAUCCAUGCAAAUCAGAAGCAUUGGCUCUCAAUGCUUGAUUCACAAAGAGGACUCAGCUUCAGGAGGUCACUCGUUCACAGCUGCUCCUCCCAUUAUAUUUUUUUUCCCUUAUUGCAGAACUGCUGCAUAUACACAGUGACUGAAAGGACUCAAUUUACUGCAACUGCUGCCUGGCUUUUACUUACAACUUUCUUUAAAGGAACUUGCCUUCCAUCUGUCUUUACAAGGUUUUAAAGCCAGUGAUUGAACCCCUCAUCUGGCUCUGAGGAUUAUGGAUUUUAUUAGACUUGGGUCUCCUUGUCUGAGCUUCAAGGAAAGAUUGGUGGGUGGAGCCAAAGCCAUUUCAGAGAAGGUCUCAGGUGGUUGUCCAGCAACUCAGGCUUGAGGGAAUCGGUGGAUGGGAUUUUCAUCACCAAACAAUAGAAGACUUCAGAAACCCACCUUUCCAAAGAACAUUACUGCAGAUCCAACUUCUGAAGGGGGGUGUCCACCACGGAGUCUUGGCAAAAUCUCGAUGAUUCAGCAUCUGGAAGAAAUGCCGGUAUUUAUGGCACAAUGAUAAAUUUCAUCUUUCCCAGAAUGAUCUUGACACCUAUCUUGUUGCCACUUUGUCUUUAUGGAUUCAGCAAAAUCUUCCUUGGGGUCAGAUAUGAAGAUCAAUGAUGCAGGCCUCUGGAUUCAAUGAAACUGGCAUUUAUACCUGGAUUCAUUAAGGAAUACAAAGAAAAUAUUUAAAGGGAUCAAUAAUGGUGUCUUCUGAUUGCAGGAUGCGAAGUCUUUGGCUACUUCUCAUAAUUAGCUUCUUACAGUGUACGGAAGGUUUCAGCCGAGCAGCAUUGCCAUUUGGGUUAGUUAGAAGAGAACUGUCUUGUGAAGGUUACUCCAUUGACCUUCGGUGCCCAGGAAGUGAUGUCAUCAUGAUUGAGAGUGCAAACUAUGGAAGAACAGAUGACAAAAUCUGUGAUGCUGAUCCUUUCCAGAUGGAGAAUACAGACUGCUACCUCCCAGAUGCCUUCAAAAUUAUGACACAAAGGUGUAACAACCGAACACAGUGUAUAGUAGUCACUGGGUCAGAUGUGUUUCCUGACCCUUGUCCUGGAACAUACAAAUACCUUGAAGUCCAAUAUGAAUGUGUCCCUUACAAAGUGGAACAAAAAGUUUUUGUUUGCCCUGGGACGUUGAAAGCAAUUGUGGAUUCACCGUGUAUAUACGAAGCUGAACAAAAGGCAGGUGCUUGGUGCAAAGACCCUCUCCAGGCUGCAGAUAAAAUUUAUUUCAUGCCAUGGACUCCAUACCGUACAGAUACGUUGAUAGAAUAUGCGUCUUUAGAGGACUUCCAAAACAGCCGCCAAACAACAACUUACAAACUUCCAAAUCGUGUGGAUGGAACUGGAUUUGUGGUAUAUGAUGGUGCAGUUUUUUUUAACAAAGAAAGAACCAGGAACAUUGUCAAGUUUGACCUGAGGACUAGAAUUAAGAGCGGAGAGGCCAUUAUUAAUUAUGCCAACUAUCAUGAUACCUCACCAUAUAGAUGGGGAGGAAAGACGGAUAUUGACUUAGCAGUCGAUGAAAAUGGCUUAUGGGUCAUCUAUGCUACUGAACAAAACAACGGAAUGAUAGUCAUUAGCCAACUGAACCCAUACACUCUUCGCUUUGAAGCAACUUGGGAGACCAUAUAUGACAAACGUGCUGCAUCGAAUGCUUUCAUGAUAUGUGGAGUCCUCUAUGUAGUCCGGUCAGUGUAUCAAGACAAUGAAAGUGAAACGGGCAAGAAUGCAAUUGAUUACAUUUACAACACCAGGUUAAACCGAGGAGAAUAUGUCGAUGUUCCCUUCCCCAACCAGUACCAAUAUAUUGCUGCAGUGGAUUACAACCCAAGAGAUAAUCAGUUGUAUGUAUGGAACAACAAUUUCAUUCUGCGAUAUUCUCUGGAGUUUGGCCCACCUGAUCCUGCCCAAGUGCCUACCACAGCAGUGACAAUAACUUCUUCAGCCGAGCUGUUCAAAACCACAGUAUCCACCACAAGCUCUACUUCACAGAAAGGCCCCAUGAGCACAACUUUAUCUGGAGGAACAAAGGAAGGAAGCAAAGGGACCAAACCACCUCCAGCAGUUUCUACAACCAAAAUUCCUCCUGUAACAAGUAUUUUCCCUCCACCAGAGAGAUUCUGCGAAGCAUCAGAUGCCAGGAGGAUUAGCUGGCCUCAGACACAAAGGGGAAUGAUGGUUGAACGCCCCUGUCCCAAAGGAACUCGAGGAACUGCCUCGUAUCUCUGCAUGGUUUCCACUGGAACAUGGAACCCUAAGGGCCCUGAUCUUAGCAACUGCACCUCACACUGGGUGAAUCAGCUGGCUCAGAAGAUCAGAAGUGGAGAAAAUGCUGCUAGUCUUGCCAAUGAAUUGGCUAAACACACCAAAGGACCAGUUUUUGCUGGGGAUGUGAGUUCUUCCGUGAGGCUGAUGGAACAACUGGUGGACAUACUUGAUGCUCAGCUGCAAGAGCUAAAGCCUAGUGAAAAGGACUCUGCUGGGCGGAGUUAUAAUAAGCUCCAAAAACGAGAAAAGACAUGCAGGGCUUACCUUAAGGCAAUUGUUGACACAGUGGAUAACCUGCUGAGGCCUGAAGCUCUAGAAUCUUGGAGAGACAUGAAUUCUUCAGAACAAGCUCACGCUGCAACGAUGCUACUUGAUACUUUGGAAGAAGGAGCUUUUGUUUUGGCGGACAAUCUUUUAGAACCAACAAGAGUAUCAAUGCCCACGGAAAAUAUUGUUCUGGAAGUUGCUGUACUCAGUACCGAAGGCCAGGUGCAAGACUUGAAAUUUCCUCAGAGUAGUAAAGGAGGCAAUUCGAUUCAGCUUUCGGCAAACACUGUCAAACAGAACAGCAGGAAUGGCCUUGCGAAGUUGGUAUUCAUUAUAUACAAGAGUUUGGGACAAUUCCUUAGUACAGAGAAUGCAACCAUAAAGCUAGCGGGUGACUUUGUUGGCCGUAAUAGUACCAUUGCAGUGAAUUCCCACGUAAUUUCAGCCUCAAUCAACAAGGAGUCCAGCCGUGUAUACCUGACUGAUCCUGUACUUUUUACCCUGGAACAUAUCGAUCCUGACAAUUAUUUCAAUGCAAACUGCUCCUUCUGGAACUACUCUGAGAGGACCAUGAUGGGAUAUUGGUCUACUCAAGGCUGCAAACUGGUUGACACUAAUAAAACUCAUACAACGUGUGCUUGCAGCCACCUAACCAACUUUGCAAUUCUCAUGGCCCACAGGGAAAUUGCAUAUAAAGAUGGAGUACAUGAAUUACUUCUCACUGUCAUCACCUGGGUGGGAAUUGUCAUUUCCUUAGUUGGCUUGGCCAUCUGCAUCUUCACCUUCUGCUUCUUCCGUGGACUACAGAGCGAUCGCAACACUAUUCACAAAAAUCUCUGUAUCAAUCUAUUCAUUGCAGAGUUCAUUUUCCUAAUAGGCAUCGAUAAGACAGAAUAUACAAUCGCAUGCCCAAUAUUUGCGGGCCUCCUACAUUUUUUCUUUCUUGCGUCUUUUGCCUGGAUGUGUCUAGAAGGGGUGCAGCUCUACCUAAUGCUAGUCGAAGUAUUUGAAAGUGAAUAUUCUAGGAAGAAGUAUUACUACGUUGCAGGUUACCUCUUUCCUGCGACUGUUGUUGGUGUCUCUGCAGCUAUUGACUAUAAGAGCUAUGGAACAGAGAAAGCUUGCUGGCUUCAUGUAGAUAAUUAUUUUAUCUGGAGUUUCAUUGGGCCGGUUACCUUCAUUAUUCUGCUGAAUCUUAUCUUCUUGGUGAUCACAUUGUGCAAAAUGGUGAAGCAUUCAAACACUUUGAAACCAGACUCCAGCAGGUUGGAAAACAUUAAUAAUUACCGUGUUUGUGAUGGCUACUAUAAUACGGACUUACCUGGCUAUGAAGAUAAUAAGCCAUUUAUCAAAUCCUGGGUCCUCGGUGCUUUUGCGCUUCUUUGUCUUCUUGGCCUAACGUGGUCAUUUGGUCUGCUGUUCAUCAACGAAGAGACUGUUGUAAUGGCGUAUCUCUUCACAGUGUUUAAUGCUUUCCAGGGAGUGUUCAUUUUUAUCUUUCACUGUGUCCUCCAAAAAAAGGUACGGAAGGAGUAUGGCAAGUGCUUUCGACACUCAUAUUGCUGUGGUGGGCUACCAACUGAGAGCCCCCACAGUUCAGUGAAGGCAUCAACCACAAGAACUAGCGCUCGCUAUUCCUCCGGCACACAGAGUCGCAUAAGAAGGAUGUGGAAUGACACUGUGAGAAAACAGUCUGAAUCUUCCUUUAUCUCAGGUGACAUCAACAGCACUUCAACACUUAAUCAAGGAAUGACUGGCAAUUACCUACUAACAAACCCUCUUCUUCGACCCCACGGCACUAACAACCCCUAUAACACAUUGCUCGCUGAAACAGUUGUAUGUAAUGCCCCUUCAGCUCCUGUAUUUAACUCACCAGGACAUUCACUGAACAAUGCCAGGGAUACAAGUGCCAUGGAUACUCUACCGCUAAAUGGUAAUUUUAAUAACAGCUAUUCACUGCGCAAUGGGGACUAUAACGAGAGCGUGCAAGUCGUAGACUGUGGACUAAGCCUGAAUGAUACGGCAUUUGAGAAAAUGAUCAUUUCGGAAUUAGUGCACAACAACCUACGGGGCAGCAGCAAGAACCACAACCUCGAGCGCACGCUCCCAGCCAAACCUGUGAUCGGCGGGAGCAGUAGCGAAGAUGACGCCAUCGUGGCAGACGCUUCAUCUCUGAUGCACGGUGACAACCCGGGACUGGAGCUGCAUCACAAAGAGCUCGAGGCACCGCUCAUUCCUCAACGGACUCACUCCCUUCUGUACCAGCCACAGAAGAAAGUGAAGACCGAAGGAACAGAGAGCUAUGUCUCGCAGCUGACAGCCGAGGCAGAAGACCACCUCCAGUCCCCCAACAGAGACUCUCUUUACACGAGCAUGCCCAAUCUUAGAGACUCUCCGUACCCGGAGAGCAGCCCCGAUGUGGAGGAAGAACUCUCUCCAUCCCGGAAGAGUGAGAACGAGGACGUUUACUAUAAAAGCAUGCCAAAUCUUGGGGCUGGACAUCAGCUUCAGAUGUACUACCAGAUCAGCCGGGGCAAUAGCGAUGGUUAUAUUAUUCCCAUUAACAAAGAAGGAUGUAUCCCGGAAGGGGAUGUUAGGGAAGGGCAAAUGCAACUAGUGACAAGCCUUUAAUAGUGUGUAGCAAAAGGGACGCUUGGGGCCACCUGCAAGUAUUAAAGACAGAAGACUUCAGUCAGCCCAGUGCGGCACCCUCAAAUCUGCUUAAAGAGACGCCUCUGUUGACCUGUGGUUCUCCGGUGUAAAAGAGAUGACUGGACCUUGCAGUUCUGUGAAUUUUUAUAAAACGAUUAAAAGGAAAAAAAAAACUUUGUAUAUACACAGAGUAUACUAAAGUGAAUUAUUUGUUACAAAGAAAAGAGAUACCAACAAGGUAUUUUAAGAUAUCUUCUGCUGCUGCUGCUGCUGAGGUUAAAGAAAUUGUGAAACAGAACUUUCCAGCCAUUUUACUGCAGCAGUUCCCCAACUCAAUUUGUAAAUAUGGCUGCACCAUUUUUUUGUAGGCCUGCAUUGUAUUAUAUACAAGACGUAGGCUUAAAAAUCCUGUGGGACAAAUUUACUGUACCUUACUGUUCCUGACGAGACUUGGAAAAGCAGGAGAGAUAUUCUGCAUCAGUUUGCAGUUCACUGCAAAUCUUUUCCAUUAAGGCAAAGAUUGAAAACAUGUCUAACCACUAGCAAUCAAGCCACAGGCCUUAUUUCAUAUAUUUCCUCAACUGUACAAUGAACUGUUCUCAUGAAAAAUGGCUAAAGAAAUUAUAUUUUGUUCUAUUGCUAGGGUAAAAUAAAUAUGUUUGUGUCCAACCGAACUAUAAUUGUCAUUAAAAUAAUUUUAAAGCAUUUGAAGAAAAUAUUGUGAAAAGCUCUUGGUUGCACAUAUGUUAAAAAAUGUUUUUUCUUUCACUUUGUCAUAGUAGUAUGUUUAAAAAGGCAACUUCUACCCAUUUUCACUUACUUUUCACUGUAAACAAUGUUCGGCUUUGACAAGUUAGUUUUUAUUCUUACGUCAAAAUUUCUUAUUGCCAAAAGAACAUUUUACGAGGAGAAUUCUCUUGAAAGCCAGUUAUCCCAUGCCUUGCACAAAUUGGGUGAAAUCUAGGAAAGAUUGUAAAUCAUUCCUCUGUUUAUUCUUUAACAGGGGCAAAGGAGGGCACUGGACACUUCUCACAAACUUUCUAGUGAACAAAAGGUGCCUGUCCUUUUUUUUUUAAAAAAAAAAAAAAAACAACAAAAAAUGAAAACAAAAACAAAUAUUACUCUUCCAUAUUCCUUCUGCCUAUAUUUAGUAAUUAAUUUAUUUUACGAUAAAGUUCUAAUGAAUUGUAAAUUGUUUCAACAAGAUUCUGCUUUUCUUUUCAUCCCUUUGUGUAAACCUGUUAAUAAUGAGCCCAUCACUAGUAGCCAAUGUAAAGUUUAACACCUGUUUGACAGUAAAUAAAUGUGAAUUUUUUUCAAAUAGUUAACAUGUGCAUUGUUAUGUAUGACAUAAUGGCAUAGAUUAAUAAUACACCGGUGCUUUUCUGUUCCUCAGUUUGAAGUUGUCCUUUUAAAUGAAAUGGUAAAAUGACACAAUUGAGCUGCUUAUUCAGGCUGUCUAGUGGAUAGUUUUGAUGGUACACGUCAAACCCCCACCAGAAAAAUAAGUUAUCCAAGGACAAGCUCAGAAAUCUCCAAACCAAUACAUAUAACUUUAUAUAUAUAUAUUUAAGGGGUUCCCCUUGAAAUUGAAAUAAAGGGUUUAUAAAGCCUUCAUUUAAAUUUAGACAUCACUCAUGACAAAAUGCUAAAUUGGAAUUUAUAAGGUGAGAUUUUUCUUACUUUUGGGAAUUCUCAGUAUCUUUGCCUUCCAACACCUCUGCAUUCAUUUUUCAGAGAUCAUAUCUGUGGAAUUGGGGACAUAAGUUGUUUUUGUGGUGGGGGAGAAUUUUUGGAUACUUGCUUAUUCACUACCACAAGACAAAUUAUUUGAAUCCUAGCAAAUAAAGAUUCUUUUGGACUAACGUAAA